AUGACUUACGGUGGUAGAGAUCAGCAAUAUAACAAGACUAACUACAAUUCUAGAGGUGGCGACUUCCGCGGCGGAAGAAGCUCCGACAGAAACUCUUACAAUGACAGACCACAAGGCGGUAACUACCGUGGAGGUUUCGGUGGUCGUUCUAACUACAACCAACCCCAGGAAUUGAUCAAACCAAACUGGGAUGAAGAAUUACCAAAAUUGCCAACUUUCGAAAAGAAUUUCUAUGUCGAACACGAAAGUGUCCGCGACAGAUCGGACAGUGAGAUUGCUCAGUUCAGAAAGGAAAAUGAAAUGACUAUUUCUGGACACGAUAUUCCAAAGCCAAUCACCACUUUCGAUGAAGCCGGUUUCCCAGACUACGUCUUGAGUGAAGUUAAGGCCGAAGGCUUUGACAAACCAACUGGUAUUCAAUGUCAGGGUUGGCCGAUGGCUUUGUCUGGUAGAGACAUGGUUGGUAUCGCUGCCACUGGUUCCGGUAAGACUCUGUCUUAUUGUUUACCAGGUAUUGUUCAUAUCAACGCUCAACCAUUAUUGGCUCCAGGCGAUGGUCCAAUUGUUUUGGUUUUGGCUCCAACAAGAGAAUUAGCUGUUCAAAUCCAAACAGAAUGUUCCAAGUUUGGUCAUAGUUCCAGAAUCAGAAACACUUGUGUCUACGGUGGUGUUCCAAAGAGUCAACAAAUCAGAGAUUUGUCCCGCGGUUCUGAAAUUGUUAUUGCUACUCCAGGUAGAUUAAUUGAUAUGCUAGAAAUUGGUAAGACUAACUUGAAGAGAGUUACUUACUUGGUUCUUGAUGAAGCUGAUAGAAUGUUAGAUAUGGGUUUUGAACCUCAAAUCAGAAAGAUUGUUGAUCAAAUUAGACCUGAUAGACAAACUUUAAUGUGGUCUGCCACUUGGCCAAAGGAGGUGAAGCAAUUGGCCGCUGACUAUUUGAACGAUCCAAUUCAAGUUCAAGUUGGCUCACUAGAAUUGUCCGCUUCUCAUAACAUUACCCAAAUUGUCGAAGUUCUUUCCGAUUUCGAAAAGAGAGAUCGUUUGAACAAGUACUUGGAAACAGCCUCUCAAGAUAACGAAUAUAAGACAUUGAUCUUUGCGUCUACGAAGAGAAUGUGCGAUGAUAUUACCAAGUAUCUGAGAGAGGAUGGAUGGCCAGCUUUGGCUAUUCAUGGUGACAAAGACCAAAGAGAACGUGACUGGGUUUUACAAGAGUUUAGAAACGGUAGAUCCCCAAUUAUGGUUGCUACAGAUGUGGCUGCCAGAGGUAUCGAUGUCAAAGGUAUCAAUUACGUUAUUAACUACGACAUGCCAGGUAACAUUGAAGAUUAUGUUCACAGAAUUGGUAGAACUGGUAGAGCAGGUGCCACUGGUACUGCCAUCUCUUUCUUCACCGAACAAAACAAAGGUUUAGGUGCCAAAUUAAUCUCUAUCAUGAGAGAAGCUAAUCAAAAUAUUCCUCCUGAAUUAUUGAAAUACGACAGGAGAUCUUAUGGUGGUGGUCACCCAAGAUAUGGCGGUGGCCGCGGCGGUCGUGGUGGCUAUGGCCGUAGAGGUGGUUAUGGUGGUGGCCGUGGUGGUUACGGUGGCAACAGGCAGAGAGAUGGUGGCUGGGGUAACAGAGGUCGUUCGAACUAUUGA